AUGGAAAACAACAAGGACUUAUUAAAACUGAUUGGAGAGAGGCUUCUUUCAGAGAAUACAAUCGCUAAAGUUUGGGGUAUUGCUACCCUCACUUUAAACGAUGCUAAACCGCCAAUGCUGAUGCCUGAAUAUGCUUAUGAUAAAUACAUCUACAGAGACGUAGAUUAUUGGACCUCUGGAUUUUUUCCGGGAUCAAUUUAUGCCUUGCUUGAAAGGGCAAAGAAAUAUCCUUCUAAAUUUCCUUCGGAGAAGAUUCAUAUACGGAAACUAGAAUUUGCUGCAAGAUGGUGGUCAGAAGCCCUUAAGACUCAAAAAGAUAGGACUGAUAAUCAUGAUUUAGGGUUUAUGAUUCAACCAUCUUUUCAAAGAGAAUUCGAAUACUGUGGUUCUCUUGAAGCAAAAGAAUGUUUGGUCUCUGCGGCCAAUGCUCUCUCAACAAGAUGGAAUGAAGACGUUGGCUGCAUAAGAAGUUGGGAUAAGGCAGUCAACAAAAGAUAUAAAUUUGAUGACAUGGAAAGAGACUUUAUUGUCAUAAUUGACAACAUGUGCAAUCUUGAUUUAUUGUAUUACGUGGCUCAUAUAACGGGUGACUUAAGGUUAUCGACCAUAGCAACGAAACACGCGGAAACAACAAUAAAGAACCACUUCAGGUUCCCAGAGUGGUCUAGUUUUCAUCUUUUAAAUUAUAACAAAAAAAACGGUACAGUUAAAGGGUUCACUAAUCAAGGUUACUCUGAUGAUUCUACAUGGUCUAGGGGCCAGGCUUGGGGUAUCUUGGGGUAUGCUGAAGCAUAUCAUUGGACAAAGCUGGAAAAUUUUUUGAACGCUGCUAAAAAGCUAGGAGAAUACUUUAUGUCUCGCUUGCCAAAAGAUGGUGUUCCUCCGUGGGAUUUUGAUGCGCCAACUUCUGACAUCAAGGAUGUUUCGGCCGCUAUGGUGGCAGCAUUGGGCUUUCUCAAAAUAUAUGUAGAAACAAAAUCUGAACUAUAUCUAAGCAAUUGUUUAAAGUUAGUUAAUGAUUCACUUAAUUUAUCCUACGUCAAUGACUCCGUUUUGCACGAUGACGGCACCGUUGAAAUGGGUGAAAUUGACACGAUUUUAAAACACUCAACAACUAUUAAUAAUGCGGACGCGAUCAACAAAUAUUUUGAUCAUGGGUUAGUUUAUGCAGAUUAUUAUCUAUUAGUAAUUGGUAAUUUAUUACUUGACCUAGAUCUUAUUUGA